AUGGUAAACACAGGUCUUCCAGCAGAAUGGGAGGUUCGCCAUUCCAACUCCAAGAACCUCCCUUAUUACUUCAACCCGGCAACCAGAGAAUCGCGGUGGGAGCCUCCAGCAGAUACAGAUAUGGACACCCUCAAGAGUUACAUGGCAACAUACCAUAGCGGAGCCGCCGCCUCUCCAUACCCAAACCAAAGUGAGGGCAAAAUCCGUUGCAGCCACCUUCUAGUCAAGCACAAGGACAGUCGGCGGCCUAGCAGCUGGAGAGAGGCGGAAAUUACGCGGUCGAAAGAGGAGGCCCACGAAAUUCUCCGCGGUCACCAGGAGCGCAUUCUCCAAGGGGAGGCCCGGUUAGGAGACCUUGCGAUGUCCGAAUCGGACUGUAGUAGCGCUAGGAAGAAGGGUGACCUUGGCUUCUUCGGGCACGGUGAAAUGCAGAAAGAGUUUGAGGACGCAGCGUUUGCUCUGCAACCGGGUGAAGUCAGUGACAUUGUUGAGUCAGGAUCCGGCCUUCAUCUUAUCGAGCGGCUGCAAUAA